GCUCAAUGCAGGAGGGCGGACGGGCAGUCAGCGAGGAAUCGGAGCCGCCGCCGCCGCCGCCAUCGGCUUCCCGGCUCAACCCGGCGCUCCCGCUGCUGCUAGUGCUGCUAUCGCUGCCGCCGCCGCCGCCGCUGCGAACCCGGGGCCCCUGCACGCCCCGGCCGACCUGGGCCCUCACUUUCCUGCUCCUGUGGCCCGGGUUGCCCCAGGCUGCGCGGAGCGCCCCCUGUCCGUAUGCUACGGCGGCGCGCCCGGCGGCCGUCAGCGUCCCCCCGGGGGCAGAGGCUGCUGGCCGCGGCGGGGACCGCGGGUGGAGGGGGCCGGGACCACGCGCAGGCGGCAAGGGAUCCCCCGACCCUUCCCCCCAUAUAAAGAGAUACAAUGUUUCCUUUUAUGGCGAGGCCGCUCCUUAUAUGGUGAGCCCCUGCGUUCCCGCCCCAUUGGUCCGCUGUUCCGGCAACUCCGCUCCCUAUUGGGCCACAGGGGGCGCCUAUUUGCAUAGACAUACCGAACUUGUUGCAGUCAUCCCGCGUCAGACGGCGACUCCGAAAGGGGAGGAGCCGACGCCUCUUAAAGGAACAGGAGAGGAGGCGACGACACUUUCCCACCAGGCCGGCUCCCCGGUCCUCAUUCAUCAUCCUCUAUACUGGGAAGGCCUCUGGCAGACGUACAUCUGGAAAAGACCGGAGAGACAGUCGGCCUCCCCGUCCCAGUUGGGGGAAGGGAGGAGAUGGAGAUUAGUGAAGACUUCCAGCUGCGGGCUGGGCUGGGGGAGGGGGUGGUUCCAGGGAUAAAGCCCACCCCCCAGUCGGUGCAAAGGUCUGAGAAAAAGUGUAGCCGAGCAGAAAGUUCAAGCAAGCGCAAACACUCACGCGCGCGCCCUUCUCUGGAAAGCCAAGGGGAGCCCAUAGGAGAAAAAAAAAUAGGGUGCUGCAAAGGCCAGGUUCAGGGUCUGGGUCUGGAUCUGAGUUCCAAGUCAGUGAAAAUAGCUUGGGCUUUGCUCAUACAGAAAUUAUUCAAAUCUGGACUCUGCCUCUUCCUAGCCCUGUGCUGGAAACAAGUGUUUGACCUCUCCAAACUCCAUGUUCCUCAUUGUUGGUACCCAUCGCAUGAGAUUCUUAAGGCAGAUUAAAUGAGAUAAAAACUAAAACGCGGAAUAUAUGUAAGUGGUCAGUGAAUAGUUAAUAGGAGCUGCCUAGGACAAUCACCUCAUCCCUGGGAUAAACGUCCUCUGGUGUUUAAUAGGAUGGGAGAGGGUGAUGAUUCCUACCUUAAAAGUUGUUGGGAAGUGAAAACAAUUUAGUGCACUGCAGCCAGCAUUUAAAAUAAUGGGUAUCACAAAAAGCAAGCGUAAAUAUUAUUGCAUAAAAAUUGUUUGAAUUAUUUCUAGGUAAACCAUAUAAAAUUUCCAUUUUAUAGGUAAAGAGGGUGAGAUAGUGUAGAUUUCACAUGGUUCAAUGUGUAUAUGUACUGGAUGACAAUAUCAACUGCCUAUUUUACUGUGAGUCACAAUCCAAAGACUGAGAAAUAUUGAAAUAAAGUAUGUUCAAGUGAUUUGUUGAUAUAAUGUGUGUAUCUACAUACACACUUAUAUUAAAAA